AUGUCUACUCAAAUGAACCACUGGGACAUGGAUCUUGCUAUGCCCCCUGAGACCCUUGGUCUGAAGAGGGAGGAGACGGAACUCUCAACGAGCCUCUCCCUCUCGCUGCUUCCCCUUCCGCACCUCAACGGCUGCGAGAACAUUGAGUCGAACUGGAGCGACACGUCCCCCACUGGUAUGUCGGACUCGCUCCUGUCGCUCGACUUUGACCCCAACCACGAGCUUUGCUCGUCGGUGCAUGGAAGCGAGGCUGUCCUAAACAGUGGCAGCCUCUCGGAGCAGUCGCCGCAGCUGGUCACCCCCACGGACUCGGUGCACUCGACGCUCUUUUCGCCUUUGACUGGCGCGCUCUUUAACGCGGAGAACGCGCAGGAGACGGCUGCGCCUCCGCGCAAGCGCUCGUGCAACGAGUCCGAGCAUGUCGGCAUGUCGUUCCCCAGCGGCAUGGGCGACUUCACUCUCUUCCCGAAGGAGGACGAGCCUUGGGCCAAGUCCUCGCUGGAGAACAAGCCGCAGAGCGCUGCUGUGUUGAACCUAUUGAACACGCUCAACACGCCGCCUUCGGCUUCACCCCAGCAGGUCAUGACCGCGUCGCUGCCCGAGAUUCACUCGUCGCCCCAAGAGGCGGCGUGUACCCCGGCGACGCUUUCGGCCUCGACGCCGAGCGUCGCGGGUGGUCAAGGCACGCGCCGUCGUCGUCGUGACGCCGACGAGCUGCUUCCGAUUAACGCGCCGAUCCAGCCGCGGACCUACCACACGGAGUCUGCGACGUCGCGCCGCGACUCGGGAAGCCGCGCGUCGGAGGGCUCGCCGCCGUGCGACGUGAGUGACUCGCCCAACCUUGGUAUGGAGGGUAGCCAGGACCUGGAUGCUCGUUCGCUCAAGCGUCUGAGCAACACGCUGGCUGCGCGUCGCUCGCGCCACCGCAAGGCGGAGGAGCUCAAGCGUCUGCACGACACGAUUGAGGAGCUGCGGAAGGAGGCGUCUGCAUGGAAGAAGCGGUGCGAGGCUGCCGAGAAGGAGCGCGACCGCGCAUGGAUGAUGAACGUGCCCAUGUAA